UCUUCCGAAAGCUGCUGCACAGCUCGCCCCCUGCGCUGCCGCAUGUGUCAGGAGCAAUGGAAACAGAGGAGGAGGUGAAAGAUCGGGAUGUGGCAGGUGGUGAGCAAGCCGGGAUUCUGAGCGCCAUGGCCACCAAGAUCGGCAUGGCCAUGCCUGGUGCAAACGGUGACGACAGCCAUGGCGGCAGCGGGGACGACGCUAAGUCGAGCAAUGGCGAAGCGACCCGUGGUGGCAGUAAUGGUGGAGAGAAGCAGGGGGAUGAAUCCAACGGUGGCGGGAUACUUAGCGCUGUGGCUUCCAGGAUCGGCGUGGCCAUGUCCGGCGCCAACGGGGACCGCAGCGGCAGCGCUGAGGAUGGUGCCAAGACGAGCGCUGGCGACGCUGGUCACGGUAGCAAGGGCGAGGAGAAGGGGCGUGGUGUGAAUGGUGGUAGAAUAGUCGAGCAGAUCAUUUCUAAUCUGCCCUCAGAUGGUCAGUCGCCUGAUGCCGAUGAAGCUUCCUCAACGCCAGGAUCAUUUUGUAUCGAAGAUUAG